AUGUGCUUCCAACGCAGGUUGCCGGAGCCCCGUGUUUGCCAUUGGCUGCAGUUUUCUGGAUGGGGGUACACUGACCCUUCGUCAAGCCGGGAUUUGCUGGGGAACAGAACUUUGUUCUUCAUCUUCAUCUGCGCCUUUGCCGUGGUCACCUUGCUGCAGCAGAUCCUCUACGGGAGAAACUAUCUCAAGAGAGGGCUGCAGUUUAGCUGGCAGAAUGGAGAGGAAUUGGCAAAUUGGACCGGCACCUUUAAUUUCACGGAUGACGGAGCAGUGAAGAGUGGCAGUGACACAGGCACCAGGUAUUUUGAGUUUUAUGAAGGACCUUUGGAGUACAACUCUACGAAAUGCCUGGAAUUAAGGCAGGACAUCAUUGAGGUGAAGGUCCUGUCUAUGGUGAAACAAACUGAAUUGUUUGACAGAUGGAAGAGCCUACAGAUGUGCAAAUGGGAGAUGAAUGUCACAGAAGCCAAUUUAUUCAAGUCUACUCUGUCAAGGUGUUGCAACGCCCCAUCCUUUCUGUUCACCACCCAGAAAAACACUCCCUUGGGAACUAAACUGAAAUAUGAAGUGGACACGAGUGGAAUCUUUCAUAUCAACCAAGAAAUCUUCAAAAUGUUUCCAAAGGACAUGCCGUACCACCGCUCCCAGUUUAAGAGAUGUGCAGUGGUUGGGAACGGAGGAAUUCUGAAGAACAGCAGGUGUGGCCGGGAGAUCGACAGCGCAGACUUCGUGUUUCGAUGCAAUUUGCCUCCUAUAUCUGAGAAAUACUUCAUGGACGUUGGGGUGAAGACAGAUGUCGUGACUGUCAAUCCCAGUAUAAUCACCGAGAGAUUCCACAAGCUGGAGAAGUGGAGGAAGCCCUUCUUCGACGUGCUCCAGGUGUACGAGAACGCGUCCGUGCUGCUGCCGGCCUUCUACAACACGCGCAACACGGACGUCUCCAUCCGCGUCAAAUACGUCCUGGACGACUUCGAGUCCCAGCAGGCUGUUUAUUACUUCCACCCCCAGUAUCUCAUCAACGUCUCGCGCUACUGGCUCGGCCAGGGCGUGCGGGCCAAGCGGGUCAGCACCGGGCUGAUCCUGGUGACUGCGGCCCUGGAGCUCUGCGAGGAGGUGCACCUCUUCGGCUUCUGGGCCUUCCCCAUGAACCCCUCAGGGAUUUUUAUAACUCACCACUACUACGACAACGUGAAGCCUCGCCCCGGCUUCCACGCGAUGCCCUCGGAAAUAUUCAAUUUCCUGCACAUGCACAGCAAGGGGAUCCUGCGGGUCCACACGGGGACCUGCAGCUGACAGGCGUGGCAGGAGCUGGGCGGCCCGUGUGAGCUGUAGGAGGUUUUGUUACACCCCGAGAUUAUGCAAUAAUUGUUUGAUAUAAAUGUCCUCAAGGCAUUGCAUCCCAUAAGAUCUAGGAUACCAGCAUCUUUCCUGCUAGCAGAGUUGGGUCCGUAACAGUGUAGGAGAAGGAAAAACUUCUGUGCCCCAGGGUACACGCUGUCCCUGUCCUGGAAAACAAGUCAGAUAAGAAGCACAUUUACAAUACAUUUAGGGAUAAAUAGAGCACAUUAAUAUAUUUAUCAUUUCACAUGGAGAAAAGCACCAAACUUUUGAGGAAAAAACAGUGAUGGAGAAUUUUACCAUAGACUGUAUGACUUUACAUAGGCUUCUGAUCGAGUACCUUGGGGUAUUGCCAGAUUUUAUUGAACACUCUCUUCUCUGGCCUUUAGGUUUUUGAAAAUACUCUUUAGCAUUAUAGCUUAAUGGGGAUAUAUAACUUAAAAUCUUUGUUCUGUAAUGUCACAAAGUGUUGAUCAAAAAUAGCAGAUAGAUGUGCUAGGAAUAAACAAAAACACUUUAUGAAUUUUUUCAGCCAGGAUAGACUAGAAUGUUGGAGUCCCACUCACAACAACAGGUGACUGUGCGAAUCAUGUUACGAUAUUGUUUUAGAGAUUAUUUCUUCUUCCUUCUUGUGUCUUGCAUUUCUGUUCUCUUCUGCUGAUUGUGCUUCCUUUCUCCUUGUCUGUGUUGCUUUCCUUCUGGCUAACACAUGGCAAUGUGUGCACUUCCUCCUACAGCCACCAUCUCAGCAUCACAUUGGAGUCCUUGCUGAAGAAACAAACUACUUCACAAGGUUUUAUUGAGAUGAAGAGCAAGGGGAUAUAUGUAAUAUAGUUAUAUUUUGUAAGUUGAUUUUUUGGUUCAGCAUAAGAUAGAAUAAACACAUUUCCUCGUGGAUUUUUAUUAAAGACUUCGUAAAAGUAUCUGAAUGUUGACUCACCGUUCUGCAGGUCGAGUUAACACUUUCAGGUAUCUGUACUAAGCUCACGUGAGGAAAUGGAGUUAAAAUUCAGAGAAGUUAUUUUGUGGCUUAGAUUAUGAUGCUUAUUUUAAAAUUAUGCAUUUUGAGAUGUCAGAUGUCUUAAUGUGGCGUUUUUGUACAUUGAGAAUGUUAUUAGGAUAGUAAAAGGGCUGGUGGUGUGUUCUUUAAAUGUCAUCAGUGUAGCUCUGUAAGGUAUGCCAAGCCUAAUUUUUUGCCUGCUGCAGUUGACAAAAUCCUGAAGGAGAAAAGAUGCCACAAGUUGCUGGAGUUUAUUUUGUUGUAGCAGGCCACUGGUAUAUGCCCUCCCGUACUGGUGUGACAGAGGAGGGGGUUUGCUGCUUCAGCUGUGCUGGCAUAGUUAAAUUAAUAGAGUUUCCCUGUCUGUGGUCUUAGUCUGAAGUACUAGGGCUGUUGCCUUGUCUUGUCUCAUGUAGAUUACAAGAUCUUUGAUCAAGGAUUUGAAGUCCUGUAUGAGGGAUAUUUUUUUAUUUUGCAAUGGGAGGAGAGGGUUUAAAUCCAAAUGUGGGUUUGGAUUUUGAUUUUGUAAUGCAUGAAUGCACAAAGCUUCUUUUAAAAGCCUCUGUGCUAUGCUGAGAGCUGUGCAAAUUGCUCACACUGCAGAUAAAAUGAUCACAAAGAAAGUGAAAGCACGGUGGUCACCAUUUCAAAAGUCCCUGCUGGCCAGCAGUGGUCUGGAUGGUAUGUGAGAACAUAUUUAAUUUACACUAGACUCCUGAGGUCUGACUGCUUUAGAAGUUGAUGAAGGUGUCAGAACUCACCUGGGAAACACCAGCCAGGGGCAAGUGAAGGACCAGUGCUUAAGCUUAAUAUAUUGUUUGUGGUGUUGUGUUUUAGGUCUUAGAUUUACACUGCGUGUUAUUGAGCACCCCCUCGUAUUGUCCACCUGUGAAACAGGCAGCACACCCAAGAGCCUGCAGGUGAAGUGGUUCCCUUGAUUCAAUAUGCAAAAGAGAUCUUUGUCUUUGCUGUGUUCUGUAAAUCUGUGUGCAAAGGGCUUUGACAAUGAAGUGCUGUGAUGAAAGUGCUAUUUAGAGAGCAAUGUGACACUGCAGGUUGGCCGUCUCGCUGUGCAUUAAGUUUUAUGAUAACAGUAAUGACACUGAAGCUGGCACUUAGAGCCCUUACUCCUUAUUCUGCCUGAGUCUGGGGCUAGUAGUGGCUUCAGGUUUGCUUUGCUGCUGCUGCUCUGCUGAGGUUACCUUCUUUAGUAAGAGGUUUUUCUUUACCAUGGUGAUCGAAGUGAACAAAAUCAGCUGAAAGGAGUCUGGUACGUUGCAAAAGGCACUUCAAAAAAGAUGGGAAAGCACUUGAGAAGCAUCCAUAUGUCGAUAGAAAUAGUGCAAAUCCCUCUUUCUAGUUGCAAGAAAUCCUUUUGGACAGACAAAAGGAUAAGCAAAACUGCAUUUACAGUUAAUCUGUAAUUACAGGGUCACAGACAUUUCCUUUCCAUUGUUUGCUUCAUAUAAAUGAGCAAUGUAAAUUCACUGUAAUUAGUGCAGUUUUACUGUGUUUAGAUUUUGAUUGCUUAUAAAUCUAUAGCUACUAUAUUUUUUUAAUGAUAAUAAGAAGUGUGUGCAGGAUACUUGCACAUAUGCACCAAAGGCCCAGUCUUGCCAAAUUUAUCUGAAAAGAGCCCCCAUUCAGGUGGGUGGGUAUUUUAUUUGUGUAGGGACUGCAGAAACAGGCCCAGAUAUUUCUGUGAAGGUGUACAUAGGUGUACAGGUAGAUGUAAGGAAUGAUUUGCAAGCCAGAAAGAUAAUUAACAAAAUAUAUAUAAAAUAGUCUUUGAGAUGAAAUGCAACAUGUUCACUUUCUGAUUAAUUUUUCAGGUGUUGUUCAAAAAAUGAUUGCAAAACUAUGGCAUUUGUCAGAAAUGCCAUAUGCAGAAGGGCUUUUGCAGAAAGAAGGACCCUCCUUGUUUUCUGCCAUCAUUCUUUUGUGUGCUGAGCAUAAGAAAAUAUUCUUUUGACAUCAAUAAUUUGUCUGAGUUUGGGGCUGGUUUUGUUUCCCCUUCUCCCAUGUGGUCAAAGCUCCGAAUGUCCGGUCUUAACCUUUGAACAAUGGGAUAUUUGAGUGCUAAAGAAGUGACUGUCAGGUGUGUUUGCUGCAAGUAAAGGAUGUGUGUAGCACGUUGUGCUUUCCCAGAGAAAAGGCUUCAUGCCCCAGAGAAAUUCCCCCCACCAAUAAUUCUGAUCAGUCCAUGAAGAAAAGCUGUCUGGUACCACAUCCUGAGCUGGAGCUGUAAUCUCAGCUCUGCUGCUAAGGAUGUGAAGCCUGAGACAGGGAGAGAGAAACUUCCAUGGUUUAAUCCCCAAUUCCUCACAUUAUUUAGGAGAAUCCCUUAAGAAGUUCCUGAUAUCUGCACACACUGGCAAUGCAAGUUCAGUUGGAAAUCAUAACUAGGAUUGCUUUGUCUUUAUUGUCAGGUCAACAGAGGAGGCUUAUGCAUCUGCCAGUGCUGUCAUCAAAGGGAAGGAAGUAUUUAGCUGGAAUAGUUUAGCUGAUAGCUUUUGAUUUAUGAAAUCCAACUUUGCUGUUGGACAGAAUGGCUUCAAUGGCGAGAGGGCCAUUAUAAUAUUUUAGCAUAUUUCCUGUGAUUGCAACAGAGCUGUCAAAGCCGGCUCAUGAAUUGCAAAAGGGAGAACCACGCCGUGGCAGCUCCUCCUGCUGCUGUCUCAGGGAGGAGAGGCACUGUGCUGAGCAGGUCUGGGCUCUCCUGGAGGAGCAAAGUGAAGGGAAUAUGGGAGACUGCAAGCACAAUGGUGCUCCAGAGCCUUCAGUGCUGUGGAAUAACUCAGAGAGACAACAGAUGAAGUUUCGCAGCUUGCAGCUCCUCCAGUCCUCGAAAAACCCACCCUCCUGCAGGCUGGUGAUGAAUUAAAGGUGACUGGGGAUGGCCAGAUGUAGUAGAUGGAAGGGAACCAGCCCCAGGAAUAGUGUCUCUGUGGGUGUCUGGUGAAUCAGUGCAGCGCUGCUCAAGCCUUGGAGGCAGGAGCGCUGGCGGUGACGCAGCUGCGUGGGUGCGCUGCCCGUGCUCAGCCCUCCCUGCAGCCAGGAGCAAUCUCUGCUUCGUCUGGGGGUGAAACUGGGGUGGGACACACACUGAGAUGUGCACAGGGAGGGACUCUGUCCUGUCUGACAUUCUGGGGGCAGGUGGUUUGUGCACCUGUCCGCUUGGGUAGUGAGCGUGGAGGGCUCUGGAAUGGGAGUUUUUCCUGAUCCCACCCUAUUGUGAGUGUGCAGGGAGUUUUGGAGCUUUUACAAGUGCAGGAGAAAGGAAACAGCAAAAUUCAGCAGUCCCUAAAGGGCCAAGCUCCCCGGGAAAUUCCCAGCGAGCUGGAGUUUCAGGAAUAAAGAAGUCAGUAUUUAUGCUUAGGGCCUUUACAAAAUCCAGUGAAGUGUGUGGAAAUUUUGGUGUGCUCCAGGAACAGGCCUUAAUCAUGGGCAAGAAGAGCAGCCCUUUUUUCCCUCUCACUUGAUUUCAGACAUGCUUUUUAUUAUGCUUUAGAUACAGUGCUGCAGCAAUACCAUGUUUUUAAUAGUGUGAGUAAAGAACUUGUCUGGAAGCAGAAGUGUUGUGACUGUCACUCUCCCUUCCAGAUUUCAUCAGUUCAUCUUUUCAAACUCAUCUAUGCAAAGCAUUUCAUCGUGGCAGUGUAAAUCAUAGACGAGCCCUCUGUACCUGACAGUGUGUGUGUGAACCACAGGCCUCAGGAAAAGAGGGGUUUUUUUCUGCUUGCUUUAAAAUACCAGCAUGGAAUUUGUGAUAUGAAUGUGUUCAAGGCAGGAUGCAGCCCACGACCUUUGAAGCCACCACACCAUUCACAUUUGGGUUCAGCAGAAAGAGAAUUAAGGCCUUACAUCAGUGUUUGUAAGUCAAACCAAUAACCUGCAUCUCCCAAAAAACCUUCCCAGAGUAUUAUUAUCACUUUGUGUCUUGUUAUCAUCCUGUCUAAUGUGGGUGAGCCUGCUUGGCAUCCUGUGUUGUCUGCAUGGUAUUAAAAAAGGAAAAAAAAAAAAAAAGAUUCUACUCAAAACUGAAAUUGUACUUAAGUGCUUUUUAAAAUAAACUGAAGGGAAAUCCAAAUGUGCAAGAGGCAUUAGGUUGAGGGAGCCUGGGUCCCAGGCUGCCAGCACCUCCAGUGCUCCCCAAAGCUCUGAGCAUCCAAGAAACAUCAGAAAUGAGGGACUGGGCCAUAGUGGGAAGCUUAAAGAAAGACAAAUCUGCCUCAGUGCUUCAAGGAUUGAAAGAUGUAAAUAUGUUACCAACAUGUCUGACUUUCUGUUUAGAAGCCAUAGAUGUUCUCAGUGUUUGAUCUUUGGGUAAGCUGAUGUACAUUUUUAACUAUUCACUGUAAAAUGUGUUAGCAUGUAAAACAGUGGCAAACUAAGCCAGAAAAAUCAGAUACUGUGUUCUCAAGAUGUUUGUUGUACCUGAAACUGUCUGAUGGACCAAGACACUGAAGUAUCUCCAGUGCUCCAUGCAGCUUGGGAAGACUCUGGUUAUGCCUUCUUAGCAGUGUGGAACAGGCAGAAUAAACCCCCAUUUGUUGACCUUGUGUUGGCCAAAUGAUACACACUUAUGUGUGCAUUUGAGCCUGUCCCCUUGGAGAUGAGGAAAGGAGGAAAACUCCCUUCCCUGCCUGGGCCAGGACAAAAAUCCUGUUAUUUUUGCUUCAUUUCUGGGCCUCAAAACUCUGCAUUGAGCCCAUGUAAAUUGUACUGAACAGCUGCUGCCUGCUGAAUAUAUCCCUGUUUCUCACCUGGUGGGAAGCAAAUACUUAGUUUGGGAAUACUGGAGUAAAACUUUGUGUCUCCAUUGUAGGGGAGCUUGGGCUAUGACAAAAAUAAAGCUGUUUCAUGUUUGCUGUUUCUGUAAGGCACUGGCAGAGGGGGUGGAGAAAUCCAUGCAGAGUCAGGUUGGUUUUAUGAUGAUGUUAAUCUCUCGUGUCCUUUGCCUGACCUUUAUUUUGUCAAACUUACAUCCUGUAAUUUUGGCUUAUAAUUGUUUCUGUAGCUGUACUAUGGUUGUGGUAGAAAGCCUAUCAAUUUCUGUAAGCCAUAACUAGAACAGUAAUCAGGGUUUUCUUGGUUUGUUUUAUUUUUUUUUUAUUUUUAUUUUUGGUUUUUUUGGUCUGUGUCACUGUGUUCGAAAGAUGAUUUAAUUCUAUUGAAUAAACAAACAACUUUAACAGUUUUCUGGGAAA